AUGAUGUUCUUCCCUACUCUUGCUGCCUCUGUCCUCGCGUCCGCUGGCUUCGCCGCUGCGGCGAAUUUCUCCGUCCUUGUUGGUGCGAACGGGCUUACCUUCGAGCCCAACAACAUCACGGGCGCCGUUGCUGGUGACACGGUUGAGUUCUUGUUCUACCCGAAGAACCACACCGUCACCCAGAGCACCUUCGCGGCGCCGUGCUCGCCCAUGACCUCGCCAGCGGCUGGUGUCGACUCUGGCUUCCUCCCGGUGCAAGCUGAUGCUACCGAACGUCCGGCCUGGUCGUUCACGAUCCAGGAUGCGUCGGCGCCCCUCUGGUUCUAUUGCGCACAGGGCCAGCACUGCGCCGAGGGCAUGGUGUUCGCCGUGAACCCGACCGCGGAGAAGAGCAUUGACGCCUUC